AUGGCAGAUUUUAUCGCGGUUGAGCUAGAAAAAGGACGUAGCGGGAUCUGGAUAAAGGAACUUGAUUUGCUUGUGCUGCGUCACUAUUGCUCGUUUUCUUUCUCUCCAUUAGUCAACGUCUACUGGCCUGGACCAAGGGUGAAGAAGGACAGGGAGAGAUUUCCACCAAACAACGUACUUCUGGUGUUAGCAGGAGCCGGGUUGCUGUGGAUGGGAUGGGCAGGUUUCAACGGGGGAGACCCGUACGUGGCAAACACGGACUCAUCCAUGGCCGUCCUCAACACCAACAUCUGCGCCGCCACGAGCUUCUUGGUUUGGACUUGGCUCGAUGUCAUCUUCUUUGAGAAGCCUUCCGUCAUUGGAGCUGUCCAAGGAAUGAUCACUGGCCUCGUCUGCAUUACUCCUGCUGCAGGUCUGGUUCAAGGAUGGGCCGCUAUAGUGAUGGGAGUUAUGUCAGGCAGUGUGCCAUGGUUCACCAUGAUGAUAGUGGACAAGAGGUGGAAACUGCUAUCUGCAGUUGACGACACCCUUGGUGUAGUUCACACCCACGCCGUGGCCGGGUUUCUUGGCGGCGUUUUAACGGGGCUUUUCGCUGAGCCUGAACUAUGUGCACUCUUUUUGCCCGUCACAAACUCGCGCGGAGGCGUGUACGGAGGCUCAGGAUUAAUGCAAAUCCUCAAACAAAUUGUGGGAGCCCUAUUUAUCAUUGGAUGGAAUAUUGUGGUCACCUCCAUUAUUUGCCUAGUCUUACGGUGUAUAGUUCCGUUGCGCAUGCCGGAGGAACAGUUACUGAUUGGGGAUGACGCAGUGCAUGGAGAAGAGGCAUAUGCAUUGUGGGGUGAUGGGGAGAAGUAUGAUGUUACUAGGCAUGAGCUUUACUCCGACGAUACGUCACACGCUCAAAAAUAUCCAUCCAGUGGUGCCACUCAGGUGGUCUAACUCAAAGUUAUAUAUUAUUUAUGUUAAUAAUCUGUUCCAAAAAGAAAAAAGA